AUGCAGAAUGAGAUUCAGGCCUACGCUAAGAUUGCUGGCAAAGACUGGACAUAUUAUGUGAAAUCCCUAUCUAUAGCGGUUGGCAGGAAUGCGGAAAGCUCUUCAUCGGAAAGUACUGAGGAGAAGGUUGACAUAGAUUUGGGCCCUUCAAAGGUGGUUUCGAGAAGGCAUGCAGUCAUCAACUACAACCUUACCUCGAGAAGGUGGGAGUUGAAAGUAUUGGGCCGCAACGGGCUGAAAGUAGAUACGGCAAAGGUAAACAUGUCUACAGGAAGCCUUGAUGUGAUUGCUCUGAGAUCAGGUAAUAUCAUCGAUAUUGGAGGCACGCAGAUGAUGUUCAUACUGCCCGACUCAAGUCCGGUUAUCGCUGAUGUUUUCCAGCACAACCUCAGAUCAAAACGAUUGAAAGAGUCUGGAAGACCCAAUGGAUAUACUGCAUUUCCUUCGACAACCUCAAACAUGAAAGGAUUCCAAAUGUUCAACAAGUCCGAAAUGCGUGGUGCUGAGGUCAAUCUACCAUCUCCGUCACACACUCCAGAGCAAGAUUUGUCCAAAGACGAAGCCAAAGAUAUCAAGCCUCCAUACUCAUAUGCUACGAUGAUUACGCAAGCGAUAUUGUCCAACCCUGAUGGUAUAUUAUCCUUAUCGCAGAUCUACGAUUGGAUAUCUACUCGUUAUGCAUACUAUAGACACAGCAACCAAGGAUGGCAGAAUUCUAUCAGACACAAUCUAUCGCUGAACAAGGCAUUUGAAAAGGUUCCCAGAAGGCCAACGGAACCAGGAAAGGGUAUGAAAUGGCAGAUCAGCGAGUCUUAUAAGCAAGAGUUUCUGAAAAAGUACGAGGAGGGCUCGUUGAAUAAGGUGAGAAGAGGAAGCAGUGUCUCAAGACAGCUACAUUUGCAUUUGCUGAGGUAUAAAGCCUUACCCGAUAGCAAGGCGCCCAUGGCAGUGAAACGAGAACUUGAAAAUAAAGCAGAACCUCUAGCUCAACAGCCGCAACCGUCGAAUCCAGAUGAGUUUUACUCAAAUAUCUACACCAAAUAUGCCAACUUCAGGUAUCCUCCUGGAGUUAAUCCCCCCGCAGCGCAAACUGCGCCGCUGCCCACUAACAAGCAGAGCGAUGCCCUCAGCUUCAUAGCUGCCGCUGCAAACAUGAGCAAUCAUGCGGAUACGCCCACUGAUACAAAGAAAGGACUGGCUCCAGAAGUCUUCCCUCUGAAGCCUCCGUACUCCGCCGAGUUUCGCACAAACCAGCUACCGCAAGUUCAGGCAAGAAAUGAUCCUAUUGCACUGAGAUCUACGUCAACUCAGGCUCAGCAAUCACAACCUGUGUUGUCUCAUUCACGCACCACUAGUCGCGAGUUCCUAUCACCCAGUCCCGCAAAGAAAUAUCAAGUGAGUGCACUGGAAGCGUACACGCCUGAAAGAGGCCGUCCCAAGGACGACGCUCCAAAUGGUAGUGCUCAACGGCACGACCACAUCCAGUCUUCACCUGCCCUUUGGAAUUUUGUCCAGUUCUCAACUCCUCUAGGUCCAAACGAUGGAAAAAGUAGUGGGGCGAGGGAUGAGGAUAAUGACAACCCCGCGAUCCUGGGUAGUCCGUUACGUCCUGAACAGAGACAGAAACUGAAAAGCGAAGCUGAUGACUCGGCGCGUUUAGUCAGCUCCGAAAGUCUUGGAGACCUCAAGGAUGUCGAUCUGGCCAAAGGGUUCAAGAAUUGA